UGUCAACCGGAGCCUGAGCGAUCAUGGCAACCGGCUCGGGAGGGGAGCGCGCGGCAGCGGCGGCAGCUACGGCAGUUUGGUCGGGGGCCGGGGCGGCGGAGCGGCGGCGGCGGCGGCUCCGUCACUGGCGUUGGCACCAACCCUGAGGGCCAUGCUGCGGGGCAGCCCCGAGAGUGAGUUGGCGGCCUGCUGGGAGGCGGAGGCCGUGGCCGCGACCAAAGCGCAGGCGGCGAAGGAGCAGGUCCGCGUGGACCCCGGCGCGGCCGGGGAACCCGAGCGCAAGGCCGGGGAGGAGCAGCCCAAGGAGCCGGCCCCGGCGCCACCCUGCGCGGCCGAGGAAGGUGACGCCCGCAUUCCCCCGCGGCCGCCGCCCACGCUGCCCGUGUGCCUGGCGAAGCCGGAGCCGGCGUCUGGCCUCUGCCCGCACGGGAAGUCUAGGAUCAAGGGCCGCAGCGGCAAGCGGAGCUCGGGCCAGCCCGACGAGUACUGCUCUCUGCGGCCGGUCACCGUGGACAGCUCCAAGGCCAGGACCUCCCUGGACGCCCUGAAGAUCAGCAUCCGCCAGCUCAAGUGGAAGGAGUUCCCAUUUGGCCGACGCUUGCCUUGUGACAUCUACUGGCACGGAGUUUCAUUUCACGACAAUGACAUAUUCUCCGGUCAAGUGAACAAGUUUCCAGGCAUGACGGAGAUGGUGCGGAAAAUUACACUGAGCAGAGCCGUGAGAAUCAUGCAGAAUCUCUUUCCAGAGGAGUACAACUUCUACCCUCGCUCAUGGAUUCUGCCUGACGAGUUCCAGCUCUUUGUGGCUCAGGUUCGAAUGGUGAAAGAUGGGGACCCCUCCUGGAAGCCCACUUUUAUUGUGAAACCUGACAGUGGUUGUCAGGGUGACGGAAUCUACCUCAUCAAAGACCCCAGUGACAUCCGACUGUCAGGGACGCUCCAGAGCAGGCCAGCAGUGGUCCAGGAGUACAUCUGCAAGCCCCUCCUCAUCGACAAACUCAAGUUCGAUAUCCGUCUGUACGUCCUCCUAAAGUCUCUAGAGCCCUUAGAGAUCUACAUAGCCAAAGAUGGACUCUCUCGGUUUUGUACAGAGCCGUACCAGGAGCCCAACCCCAAAAACCUGCACCACAUCUUCAUGCAUUUGACCAACUACUCCCUGAACGUCCACAGUGGGAACUUCAUCCAUUCGGACAGUACUAGCACAGGCAGCAAAAGGACUUUUUCUAGCAUUCUCUAUAGGUUGUCCUCCAAGGGUGUUGACAUCAAGAAGGUCUGGUCCGAUAUCAUCUCCUUGGUGAUCAAGACCGUCAUUGCCCUGACUCCAGAACUCAAAGUGUUCUACCAGUCAGAUAUUCCUGCGGGGAGGCCGGGCCCCACCUGCUUCCAGAUUUUAGGCUUUGAUAUUCUUCUCAUGAAAAAUCUGAAGCCUAUACUACUUGAAGUAAAUGCAAAUCCCAGCAUGAGAAUCGAACACGAGCAAGAACUCUCUCCAGGGGUAUUUGAGAAUGUCCCCAGUCUUGUUGAUGAAGAAGUGAAAGUGGCUGUGAUCAGAGACACACUGCGUCUCAUGGACCCACUUAGAAAGAAAAGAGAGAGACACUUUCCAGAUAUCUAUAUGGACAGAAAACACAGAUUCCCUCCAGUUUCUGAAAGAAUAUCUUCACUGAAGCUUCAGCUUUCGAAGCUUUCCAUAGUCAGGUCUCAGCUGCUGGGGAAGUCGUUAGCCUCAAAAGAAAACCCUCCUCACAGCGAUCUGGCCAGCGCCUCACAGGGCAACGCCAACCCCGACGCCCACCUGCCCUCCAUCUGCCUCAAGCAGGUGUUCCCCAAGUAUGCAAAGCAGUUCAACUACCUGCGCCUGGUGGACAGAAUGGCAAACCUGUUUAUCCGCUUCCUGGGAAUCAAGGGGACGAUGAAGUUGGGACCAACAGGCUUCCGUACCUUCAUCAGGACCUGCAAGCUCAGCAGCAGCAGCCUGUCCAUGGCCGCGGUGGACAUCCUCUACAUCGACAUCACGAGGAGGUGGAACUCCAUGACCAUGGACCAGCGGGAUUCAGGGAUGUGCCUGCAGGCCUUCGUGGAGGCCUUCUUUUACCUGGCCCAGAGGAAGUUCAAGAUGCUGCCGCUCCACGAGCAGGUGGCCUCGCUGAUUGACCUGUGUGAAUACCACCUGUCCUUGCUGGACGAGAAGCGCCUGGUGUGUGGCCGCAGCGGCACAUCGUCAGGGAGCCGGCUCCAGCCCAGCGGAACCCCGCAGGAGGCCGCGCCUCCAGCCCCACCGGCCGAGGGCCGGCCCCAGCCCUGCACAGACGGCGCCCACAAGGUCUCCCACUCCAGGCACACCCUGUCCUGAGGGCCGCUCUGUCUUCCCGGAAGAAGGCUGAGCCUGAAAGACGCCACCCCCGGGCUUCCUGCUGGUGGAGAGAUGGCAGGAUGCUAAGUCCCAGCCCGAGAUCCCGCUCCUCGUCUCCGCGUUCCGCUGAGCUGCGCUUGGCGAGCCCGCCUGAUUCUCGCCCGCUCUCCUUCCCAGCACCUCUUGGUGGCCCACCUGCUCGCGAGUCAUCAGCGGACAUAUGAUAUCCAAAACGUGACAGAUGGCCUCUUCUCUUCUGGGCUCGUGGGAAGCCACAACUGGGGAUAAAAAGCUGCUGUGUUUGGGGCAGGGUGGGGGGCACCAACAACCUCAAGACGGAGAGCCAUGCAGAGGAAAGAACUCAAGGCAGCUGCGUCUGGGGUCUGCCGGGGGUGGAGGGGGGGGCGCAGAGAGAAUAUGGUUAGAGCCUAGGAACAUCAUGUUUGACUUCCUACCACCCCGUUCUGUGAAAAUGAAGUGGAAAUACCCAGGAGGCCUGCACGCUGUCCCACCCCAAUCAUGUGCUGCGUGGGUGCAGUUAACAGACCGACCUGGCUGAUUUCAUGA